UUUUCAUUUUCACAUUUUCACAAACACUCACAACUCUUCACUCCACAGGGCCCCUCUUCUCUUCUCUUCUCUUCUGUGUCCCCCCCUUAACCCCACUCUCUCUCUCUCUCUCUCUCUGCCUUUUACCCUAAAAGGAGUGUUCGUUUCUCUUCAUAAGCGCCUCUCAUGCGGCACUCUUUUCAGCCCCAAAAACCUUUCAGACAGAGAUAGAGAGAGAAGAGAAGAGAAGACAACAAACACGCACUGCUUGGUUGGCUUCACUAUACACCCAUCUUUUUUGUUCUUAUUUUCUUUCACUCACUUCUCUUCUCUUCUCAACACACACCCCAUCUCUUAUAUUAUCACAAAGUUUCAUUCUUUAUCGGUUUUUAUUUCUGGGGUUGGAUUUUUUGUUCAAAAAAAGUAUAUUUUUAUUUAUUUAUUUGAGGCUUCUGCAAUGGCACCAAGCUUUGAUUGCGUUUCAAGCCUGCUCUGUGCAGAGGACACAAGCUUCUUCGAUGAUAAUCCUUAUGGGGGUAGUGGUGGUGCCAUGGAUGAAGUGUUUGAUGAGGAUUCAUGGCGUCCUAGGUGUUAUAAUAAUAAAAAAGGUUGCAACUUUGAUGGUGAUGAGGCAGAUGGGUAUCCAUUGCAGAGUGAUGAGUGUGUGGCAGUGAUGAUGGAAAAGGAGUGUGAACACUGGCAUGGUGGUGCCGCUUACUUGAACAGGUUACAAUCUGGGGAUUUGGAUUUUGGGGCCAGAAAUGAGGCCAUUCAUUGGAUUGAAAAGGUUCGAGCACAUUUUGGUUUUGGACCUCUAUGUGAAUAUCUAUCUAUAAAUUACUUGGAUCGAUUUCUUUCAUCGUAUGAAUUACCAAAGGGAAGAACUUGGACAAUGCAAUUGCUGGCAGUGGCCUGUUUAUCAAUUGCAGCGAAAAUUGAUGAGACUGAAGUUCCUUUCACCCUUGAUUUGCAGGUUGGUGAAUCCAAGUUUGUAUUCGAAGCUAAAACCAUACAGAGAAUGGAGCUUCUAGUACUAAGCACAUUGAGGUGGAGAAUGAAUGCAAUUACUCCAUUCUCCUUCAUUGAUUAUUUCCUUUCCAAGAUCAAUGAUGGUAAUGAGAGUCCAUCAUUAAGAUCGUCGAUCUUGCGAUCCAUCCAGCUUAUCUUGAGUACCACAAGAGGGAUUGAGUUCUUGGAGUUCAAGCCAUCAGAGAUUGCGGCGGCAGUGGCAAUAUCUGUUGUCGGGGAAACCGAACCGGUUGACACUGAGAAAACUACUUCUGUUCUGAUUCAAUACAUAGACAAGGGGAGAGUGUUCAAGUGUUUUGAAUUGAUCAAGGAACUUGCAUUGAACAUUGUGAAUGUCAAUGAUCCAAAUGGUUCUUCUUCUACAAUCCAUUGUGGUGUGCCUCAAAGUCCAAUAGGAGUGUUAGAUGCAUUGUGCUUCAGCUACAAAAGUGAUGACUCAAAUGCAGGUUCAUGUGCAAGUUCUUCACACACAACUCCAGAUCCUAAAAGGAGGAAGCUAAACAAAACUUGUGGAUCAGAGGCACUAUUGUAGAGUCUUGUGGACUUGGGAAUUUUAUUUAUUUAUCAAAAGUUUCACCAUCAUCCAUGGGAUGCUUCUUUAUUUUUAUUUAUUUUUUUCUUUUUUUUUCACCCCCAAGAAAAGGACACCAUGUUCAUUUUGUGGAAGGUUCCCCCUCUCUCUCACAAGAAUACCAAAAGGGAAAAUUAGAAAAGAAGAAGAAAAAAAAGAGCAUAAGGAAUAGUUAAUGAAAGUAUAAGGUAAGUCAUGAGUGGAAGAUGGGGACAUGAAAAUGAAUAGAGAAUAGAAUCCACACAUUGCAUGCAAUUGGCAUGAAUGAAGAAGGUUUAAGUAAUCAAGAGCUGUUAAAAAUAAUUUUAGAUAUCUUAACAGCUACACAAUAGAGGAAGUGAUGGAAGAGAGUGGGGGAACAAUGAUCAUUAUUGUGUGUUUUUUUUUUUAAAAGAAAUUUUUUUGUGUAAGUACAAUCCUAGCUGUUUUCAUAAUUUCAUUUGUUAAAUUGUUCUACUUAUGUAGUGAGAAAAAUAGACC